GGAAGCGGAGCGAUUCCCCACCCCUGCUCCAUCUAGCUCUUUCCAGUGCAGCCACUGCCGCCGCCCAGGAGCCUCAUCCCCUUCCUCGUCCCCCUUGUCGUUCCCGCUCCAACGCCAUGGAGCCGGACACCGCUGCAGCGGCAGCCACCGUGGCAGCCGCUGAUGCGACCGCCACAAUCGUGGUCCUAGAGGACGAGCAGCCUGGGCCGUCCACCUUUAAGGAGGAGGAAGCGGCCGACGCGGCCACUGAAGCCACCACGACCACUGAGAAGGGCGAGAAGAAGGAGAAAAACAUUUCUCCGUUUCAACUCAAACUUGCUACUAAAGCUUCUAAAUCUGAAAAGGAAAUGGACCCAGAAUAUGAAGAGAAAAUGAAAGCAGACCGAGCAAAGAGGUUUGAAUUUUUACUGAAGCAGACAGAACUUUUUGCACAUUUUAUUCAACCUUCAGCACAGAAAUCUCCAACAUCUCCUCUGAACAUGAAACUGGGACGCCCUCGAAUAAAGAAAGAUGAAAAGCAGAGCUUAAUUUCUGCUGGAGACUAUCGCCACAGGCGCACGGAACAAGAAGAAGAUGAAGAGUUGCUGUCAGAGAGUCGGAAAACCUCGAAUGUGUGCAUUAGAUUUGAGGUGUCGCCAUCAUAUGUGAAAGGAGGACCCCUGAGAGAUUAUCAGAUUCGAGGACUGAACUGGUUGAUCUCUUUGUAUGAAAAUGGAGUCAAUGGUAUACUGGCUGAUGAAAUGGGUCUUGGUAAGACUUUACAAACAAUUGCUUUGCUUGGCUACCUGAAGCACUACCGAAACAUUCCUGGACCACACAUGGUUUUAGUUCCAAAGUCUACAUUACACAACUGGAUGAAUGAAUUUAAACGAUGGGUUCCAUCUCUCCGUGUUAUUUGUUUCGUUGGAGACAAAGAUGUGAGAGCUGCUUUUAUUCGUGAUGAGAUGAUGCCAGGAGAGUGGGAUGUUUGUGUUACUUCUUAUGAGAUGGUAAUUAAAGAGAAAUCUGUAUUCAAAAAGUUUCAUUGGCGAUACCUAGUCAUUGAUGAAGCUCACAGAAUAAAAAAUGAAAAAUCUAAGCUUUCAGAGAUUGUUCGUGAGUUCAAGUCCACAAACCGCUUACUUCUAACUGGAACACCUCUGCAGAAUAAUCUGCAUGAACUCUGGGCAUUGCUUAACUUUUUAUUGCCUGAUGUCUUUAAUUCUGCAGAUGACUUUGAUUCUUGGUUUGACACUAAAAAUUGCCUUGGUGACCAAAAACUUGUGGAAAGACUUCAUACAGUUUUAAAACCCUUUUUGUUACGUCGUAUAAAAACUGAUGUAGAAAAGAGCCUGCCUCCUAAGAAGGAAAUAAAGAUUUAUUUGGGACUGAGUAAGAUGCAACGAGAAUGGUAUACAAAAAUCCUGAUGAAAGAUAUCGAUGUUUUAAACUCUGCUGGCAAGAUGGACAAGAUGCGACUCUUAAACAUUCUGAUGCAGCUUCGAAAGUGUUGCAAUCAUCCCUACCUGUUUGAUGGUGCUGAGCCUGGUCCACCUUACACCACAGAUGAGCAUAUUGUUAGCAACAGUGGUAAAAUGGUAGUUCUGGAUAAACUGUUGGCCAGACUCAAAGAACAGGGUUCAAGGGUUCUCAUUUUUAGCCAGAUGACUCGCUUGCUGGAUAUUUUGGAGGAUUAUUGUAUGUGGCGUGGUUAUGAGUAUUGUCGACUGGAUGGACAAACCCCACAUGAAGAAAGAGAGGAAGCAAUAGAUGCCUUUAAUGCUCCUCACAGUGGCAAAUUCAUCUUUAUGCUGAGUACCAGGGCUGGAGGACUUGGAAUUAACUUGGCAAGUGCCGACGUGGUUAUCCUAUAUGAUUCAGACUGGAAUCCACAGGUUGAUCUACAAGCUAUGGAUCGAGCACAUCGUAUUGGUCAGAAGAAGCCAGUACGAGUAUUCCGUCUCAUCACUGACAACACUGUUGAAGAGAGGAUUGUAGAGAGAGCUGAGAUAAAACUGAGACUUGAUUCAAUUGUUAUACAACAAGGAAGACUCAUUGAUCAGCAAUCUAACAAGUUGGCAAAAGAAGAAAUGCUACAAAUGAUACGUCAUGGAGCCACCCAUGUUUUUGCUUCUAAAGAAAGUGAGCUGACAGAUGAAGACAUUGCAACUAUUCUGGAAAGAGGAGAAAAGAAG